GGCGGGCGGGCAGGAGGGCCCGGAGGAGGGAGGUGGCGGCGGCGGCGGCGAGAACCUAGAGCCAGAGCCCGGCCGGGGCCGAGCGGAGCGGAGCGCGGCGGCGGCGGCGGCGGCGGCGGCUGGGCCGGGAGAGGCUGGCGCGCCGGGCGGCUCCGCGAAUCCUCCGGCAUCCGCCCCGGCGGGCCGCCCCCGCCCGCGGCAGCCCCCAGAGCAGCGGCCCGGUACCGGCGCCUUCCCGGCGGGCGAGAGUGAGUCAUGGAGCUGCGUGUGGGGAACAAGUACCGCCUGGGACGGAAGAUCGGGAGUGGGUCCUUUGGAGACAUCUACUUGGGUGCCAACAUCGCCUCUGGUGAAGAAGUUGCCAUCAAGCUAGAGUGUGUGAAAACGAAGCACCCGCAGCUGCACAUCGAGAGCAAGUUCUACAAGAUGAUGCAGGGGGGAGUGGGAAUCCCGUCCAUCAAGUGGUGCGGAGCCGAAGGCGACUACAACGUGAUGGUCAUGGAGCUGCUGGGGCCCAGCCUGGAGGACCUCUUCAACUUCUGCUCCCGCAAGUUCAGCCUCAAGACGGUGCUGCUCCUGGCCGACCAGAUGAUCAGCCGCAUCGAGUACAUCCACUCCAAGAACUUCAUACACCGCGACGUCAAGCCCGACAACUUCCUCAUGGGGUUGGGGAAGAAGGGCAACCUGGUGUACAUCAUCGACUUUGGCCUGGCCAAGAAAUACCGGGACGCCCGCACCCACCAGCAUAUCCCCUACCGGGAAAACAAGAACUUGACUGGCACUGCCCGCUAUGCCUCCAUCAACACCCAUCUGGGCAUCGAGCAAAGCCGUCGAGACGACCUGGAGAGUCUGGGCUACGUGCUCAUGUACUUCAACCUGGGCUCCCUGCCCUGGCAGGGCCUCAAAGCGGCCACCAAGCGCCAGAAGUAUGAGCGCAUCAGCGAGAAGAAGAUGUCGACGCCCAUCGAGGUCCUCUGCAAAGGCUACCCCUCCGAGUUCUCAACAUACCUCAACUUCUGCCGCUCGCUGCGGUUCGACGACAAGCCCGACUACUCCUACCUGCGCCAGCUCUUCCGCAACCUCUUCCACAGGCAGGGCUUCUCCUACGACUACGUCUUCGACUGGAACAUGCUCAAAUUCGUGAGUCACGUGGAGGCCAAGGCGGGCUUGGGGGACUGGACGGGGAAGGCCCUGACUCACGAGGCCAAAGUGACCCAGUGGCGGGCGGGGCUCCCGAAAAACGGGAGCUAUGAGCUGGACAGCGCAAGCGACCUCGCUGGGGUCCUGGAGUCCCCGCGGCCCCCCCGCUGCGGCCUCAUCUGUGCUGACAGCACGUGCCGCUGUGGUCAGCAGGGCCCGGGCAGGGCUCCACCUCCCACCAGACCCAAGAGGACCUGGCUGGGCCUCGAGUCCCUCCUGGGUGCUCUCGGUGGGGCGUGGGUGGCGCUGGCGGGCCCCCCCGCUGUCCUCAUUGUCGCCUACACCACCCUGCUCUUGUUCUGCACGUCCCAGGCGGCUGCCUUCACCGUGGCCCCUCUGGCCAGCCUGGACCCAUUCAUUGUGGUUUCUUUCUUCCUGGUCAUGGGACCCUGGGUGUUGCUAGGCGGUUGCUCUCUCUCCCUCUCUUAAGGGUCUUGGGGGUAGGGUGGGGAGAAGCGUGCGCCAGCCAUGCCCCGGAGCUCCGGAAUCUGUGAAAUUGUGUGUCUUGUUUCACAUCUCUUCUGGAAAAGGGGGCUUCCUCGAGCCAGGCUCAGCCCCGUGACAGCGAAGCUAUUGCACUGCCCUGCCCCCGCCCCUGUCCCUGUGCCGGGCCCACGUACCCACCCUCUUACUGGUAAGGACCCUCUGAGGCCUGGCCUUUCCAAGAUUUACCGCUUGGCUGGGCAAGCACAAGAGGUUGAGCCUCUGCUGUGCUCUCUGUCCCUUCCAGGUGCCCGGCGCCCCUGGGCACCCAGGGCCCUCCAGAUAGGCCCGUGGAGGAGGUGGAGGAGCUGCCCCCCCAAAACUACUGGCCUGUGGUCUGGACUCCGGGGCCCCAGUUCUGACGUCACCAGGUGUGUCUGAGCCCAUCGGGGCCAGGCCUGAGGAGGUGUCCCUUGGCGUGGUGGGGUGCGGUGGAGAGGGGGUGGUGGAGAAGGCCCUGCCGGGAGCUUCUUGGGGAUGAAUCAGCAGCUGCCUGACGAACAGAGCCUGAAGGAGGGAUGAUGUUCACCCGCCCCGGAGGGCCUGGUGGGAACGGGCGCCGGGAGCGGCUUCAGCAAGACCCUGACGGUGGCCUCUGUAUCGAACCUGAACUCAUUAAACGCCCCCCACCUGUACUGCGCUCCAUCCUGGUGUGCCUGUCCUUUCGUGGCGGAUCCCCUCGGCUCGCUCUGCCAGACGCUCAGGACGCGAGGCCUUAUUCUCUUGGACGCUGGGGUCGGCACUGGGUCUCGCGCCCCUCUUCUCUCUGGGUCUCAGGCAGUGGCCUGGCACCGUUCCCUGAGGAGUUCGACAGAGGUCGGGCAGAGAACAGCGGUCUCACAGGCCAAGGGACCCGAGGGGUAGGGGUGGGAGAUGGGCAGUGGGGCACCUUACAACCCAGACCUUGCAGCCGGGAGUGUGGCCGAGGGCCGGCUCUUCUCGCCGGAGGGCGUUGCUCAAGGCAUCUGGCCGCUGGGCGCUCACUCAUCUUUGUGGAAAGUCAUUCCUGGGUCUGGUUCGGGGAUGGGCUCGGCCCUUCCUCUCCGUGCAGCUCCAAGAACGGGUUUUACGUUGUCUAGGCCUGUGCCAGGCAGUAUGGUAGCCCCUGGCUCCGUGUGGCUGAUUUUUAAUGAAUUAAAACGAAAGCUGAAAAUGUAGUCCCUCAGUUGCAUUUGCUACAUUUCAAGCCCUCAGGAGCCACGAGCGGCUGGUCAGUGGCUACCAUAUCCAGCAAGGUAGACGUGAACCUUUCCGUCAUCACAGAAAGCUCUGCUCUAGAUGGCUCCUCGCAGAACCUCUCGUGGGACCAUCUGGCUGGCAACAUCUCACGUCAAGCCAGGCCAAGAGCACCCUCCCCGCUCACUGCUGCCACUCUGAGCCCUUCCUGGGGUCCCUUUAGAGGCAAGCUCUCGAGUCGGAAGCUGAGCAGAGGUGCCAGCAGCCUUACUCUGCACCGAUCUCUGACUUGGCCUGGGCUGGAUCAGCGGGCGCCUUUGACCCCGUCACCGUGGUGAGCUCGACCGUCUUCACCUGCCCUUUGGCGGAAGCAUCUGCAGACCUGUGACGGGGACCUUCCAUGCCUUCGCCUCAAGGCCAGGCCCCCCGGUGCCGUUACCAGCACCUACCUGCAGACUGGACACCAUGCUGGGCACAGAGGGCCACGAGAAGGAUCUUACCCUUGACUGAGAGCUUCUCUCCCUGAAGUGGCCGCCCCGUUCAGCAUCAGGGCCCUGGAGUCCCUGGAUACCUGGAGCCUGGGACAUUGCUCUCAGCACACAGAGCCGCUGUGUUCCAAGGUCCAACCGGCAGGCCAGGAGGAUACUCCAUAUAGCCAAGGACAGGGGUCCACACGACAGGGCUGGAUGCUUGUGUGACUUUGAUGUUGACCUUUUGUGUUUUCUGUGGGCAAAUAAAAGCCAAGAAACCUC